AUGACGCCCUCUGGGGAGCUUUCACUGUUACAGCUGGUGAGAAGGUGUGAAAAUUGGACAGCGAACCCCAGACCCCCCUCCGUCUUCCCCCUGGUUCCCUGCGGCCCCAAGACUGGCAAUGCUCCCCUGGACACGAGCUUGGCCUGCCUCGUAACUGGCUAUUUCCCAGCACCAGUGGCCAUCAAGUGGAAUUCGGGCAAAGUGACCCAGGGGGUCACAACUUUCCCAGAGGUGAUGAUGAGCGACGGGCUCCACUCCCAGAGCAGCCUCCUGGUCAUCCCUGCCAGGUCCCGGCAGGGCGACACCUACCAGUGCGAUGUGAUGCAUCAAGGGAGCAAAGACCUGUGGAAGAAGUUCCCUCAGAAGUGGUGUGUUUCGACAACGCCACCCCAGGUUCACCUCCUGGUCCCCACCUGUGAGGAGAGCUCCACAGAGAGCCAGCUGGAGCUGGUUUGCCUCCUCCUGAGCUUCAAACCCGGCAACGCCGACGUGAAAUGGCUGGUGAAUGGGAAGGAGAGCAGCUCCCCCACCCCGUCCUUUUCCUCUGCCAUGGGCACAGACGGCUUCUACAUGGGGCAGAGCCGCAUGAACAUCACCAAGCAGAGCUGGGAGCAGGGGGACGUCUACAGCUGUCAAGUGACCCACCCAGCAGUGGGAGCAGAGCUCUCCAUGCACAACACCAGCAAGUGCUUGGCCUGCCUCAGAAGCUCACUUGACCCAACCAUCUACUUAACCAAACCCUCCUAUGAAGACGUCAUCAAAAAUUCUGGUCACGUUACCUGUCUAGUUCUGGGCUAUGACUUAGCAGCCAGCAGAAUGGCAUGGAAAGUGGAUGGGCAGGUCAGCUCUGCGGCGAAGACAGAACCCCCCAAGAAGAACAGCAACGGGACCACCAGCCUGGUCAGUUCUCACCCUGUGUCGCUGGCACAAUGGGGACAAGGCACCAAAUUUACCUGCAAAGUGACCACACCCUGUUCUGGAGAACUAACCCAGGACAUAACCAUGAGCAAUACAGGUGAGGAGCCCUGGCAUCUCCAAGGGAAAGCUGAGGAUAACGAUCGUGAGGAUGAUCUCGAAGGAGAUGACAAUGAUGUCGAUGACAAUGAAGAAGGAAAUGAAGAUGCUGAAGGAGAAAAGGAGAAAGAAUGUCAGAACGCUGAAGGAGAUGAUGAAGAGGAUGCCCCUGGGCUUUGCACCCCUGAGAGAGCGGCACUCAGUUACCACCUGGUGCCUGUUGACAUAUUUGCUCAGCCCAGCCCUCAACGCCUCCUCCUGCCCCCACCAGGUGUCAGCAACUGUAAUCGACACCCUCUGGAGGUGUCUCUCCUUCCUCCUUCCCUGGAGGACCUCUACAUAGCGCAGAACGCCACCAUCAGUUGUUUGGUGAGCGGCCUGGAGACCCCCGGCAGCCUGGAGGUCUUCUGGAACCGGGGUAGCGGGGGCCCCUUGGCCGUGGUCUCCAGGGAUCCGGUGCUGCAGGAAGAUGGCACCUACAGUGCAACCAGCAUCCUGCGGGUGUGCGUGGAGGAGUGGCAGGCGGGGGAGGAGUUCAUCUGCACCGUGAAGCACCAAGACUUCCCGUCGGCCAUUGUCAAGACCGUCCACAAGAGUCACAUGGUCUCCCUCCGCGCCCCUUCUGUCUACAUUUCCCCUCCUCACGCUGAGGAACUGGCUCUCUGGGAAUCAGCCACCAUCACCUGCCUGGCCUCUGGCUUCCGGCCCAGAGACAUCUUGGUGACAUGGACUCAGCAGGACCGGCCCAUGCCCCAGGAAGCCUACACCAACAUCGGCUCCGUGCGGGAGGAUGGGAAGGAGGAGCGCUACUUCAUCUACAGCAAGCUAAAAAAGCUCAAUGUCCUGGUGUCCAAAUGGGAGCCGGGGGACACCUACGCCUGCGUGGUGGGGCACGAGGGUCUGCCCAUGACCUUCAUCCACUGGAGCGUGGACAAAGCCUCCGGUAAACCCACCGCCGUCAAUGUCUCUGUGAUCUUGUCCGACACCGACGUCACUUGCUACUGA